AUGGCUCAGAACGUUCCGGAAUUUAAGCUCAUUCUCGUAGGUGACGGCGGUGUGGGUAAGACCACGUUCGUGAAGCGCCACUUGACGGGAGAGUUCGAGAAGAAGUAUGUGGCGACACUCGGCGUGGAAGUGCACCCGCUGACGUUCCACACAAACUUUGGCCCCAUCCGCUUCAACUGCUGGGACACAGCCGGCCAGGAGAAGUUUGGUGGCUUGCGCGAUGGCUACUACAUCCAGGGGCAAUGCGCGAUCAUCAUGUUUGACGUGACGUCGCGUAUCACGUACAAGAACGUCCCGAACUGGCACCGAGACUUGUUCCGCGUGUGCGAGAACAUUCCAAUUGUGCUGUGUGGCAACAAGGUCGAGGUCAAGGACCGAAAGGUGAAGGCCAAACAGAUCACGUUCCACCGCAAGAAGAAUCUGCAGUACUUUGACAUUUCGGCCAAAUCUAACUACCAGUUUGAAAAGCCGUUCCUAUGGCUGGCCCGCAAGCUUGUCGGGGACAACAACCUGACCUUUGUCGAGGCACCUGCUCUUCGUCCACCCGAGGUCACGAUUACCCAGGAACAGAUUGCUCAAAUUGAAGCCGACGCUAGCUCUGCCGCCGCUGCAGUUCCUCUUCCGGAUGAGGACGAGGACUUGUAA